UUAUUGUAACCCUCGCUACUGUCUGUCUGACAAGUCUUAUUCUCCUUAUCAAUUGAGAACUGAUAUUUUUGAUAACCGGGAGUGCAUUAGUGGGCGUGCAACUUCUUGGAUUAGUUACUUACGUACUCUGGAAACUAAACAACCAUUUUCGUUUUUAUAUAUUCUAUUUCGCAUAAAGUGACAUACAAAGGAAAAUGUUGCCGCCAACAUACGUUGAAGGCUUUCACGAUUUGGAGGCUGUACAAACAAUGGAGUACCGGCCUCUUGGUAAAACUGGUUUAUUGGUCAGUAAAUUGUCAUUCGGUGGUGGACCUUUCGGUUGUCAUUAUGGUACGUACGAUGAGGAAGAAGCUAUCGAGAUGAUACGUCAAGGAAUAAAGAAGGGCAUUAAUUAUAUUGAUACCGCACCGUGGUAUGGACUGGGUCGUUCCGAAACCUUGAUUGGGAAAGCUUUAAAAGGUAUUCCCAGGCAGGCAUAUUACAUUGCAACGAAAGUGGGAAGGUACGAAUUAAAUUACGAAAAUAUGUUUGAUUUCUCGAAAGAGAAAACUAGGAAAAGUUUCAAAAACAGCUUGGACCUCCUAGGUUUAGAUUACGUCGAUGUUAUACAGGUUCACGAUAUAGAAUUCGCUGCAAAUUUAGACGUAGUGAUCACCCAAACUCUACCGGAAUUAUCGCGUCAGGUCGCGGAUGGUAAGGCGAAAUUUAUUGGCAUCACCGCAUAUAAGGUGUCUUCUUUGAAAGAGUGCAUCGAAAUGAGUAACAUUAGAAUAUCUUGUGUAUUAUGCUACGGAAGAUUGACGCUACUGGACGAUACGUUGAUGGAAUAUAUUCCAUUUUUCAAGGCAAACGACGUUGGCGUAAUUAAUGCCUCAUUGCCCUGCAUGGGACUCUUAACUAAUAAUGGUCCCCCAGCUUGGCAUCCGUGUUCAGAGCAAACGAAAAAAAUAUGUUCGGAGGCAGGAAAAUAUUGCAAGGAUCAUGGCGUAGAAUUGGCGAAGCUAGCAAUAUCUUAUGGCCUGCAAUGUAAAGAUGUAUCCACGUGUCUCGUUGGAAUGCAAACUUUAGAACAAUUAAAAAUGAAUUGCGAAGUUCUGAUAAGUGGCCUUACAGAAAAAGAAAAAGUUUUAUUGGAGGAAAUUCAAGAAAAGUAUUUGUCUAAAAUAACAGAGAAGCAUUGGGAGAAUAAAGAAGUGCAGAUGUAUUGGGAAAAUAUUAAAAAUUGAGAAAAAUAUAUUUUGUAUAAGUGAUUUAUACAGAUACAACAUGUUUGUAUAACAUGGAAUUUUGCAAGAUGCUUUGUUAACGAUUAAGUUAAAAAAUAAAUUUUAUCUGUAACAAUA